AUGAAUCAACUCAAGAUUUUCAUCAUCAGUUGCCUGAUUUAUCAAACCAUGGCUGGAGGUCCAGCUACAGACUGUGUUACCUGUGCGGCUGUCUUACUAAAUGCAGUUGCUCCAUCACCAGAAACUUGUUAUUCAGAUGGUUUACCGAAAAUUGACAUUAGAGUCAGUUUCAAUAUUGACAGACCUGACGAAAGUGGCGUCUGCAUUAAGCCGCUAUUGCCUUUCUCAUCUAGUGAAAUUAAUAGCGAUAUAGAUCACUUCAUUUCUGCAGAGAUUCGAUUUGAUUCUGCUUAA